AUGAAUACAUUAAAGAGGACAGUUUUCUCUCAAAGACUUGAAGCUGUUAAAGCAUUAGAGAAUAAAACCAGAGAAGAGAAAGCAACAUUAUUGGCAGCAGUUGAAACUCAAAGAAAUGCAAGAUUAGUUAAAGAUUUAAUUAUUCACCUUGUAUUCUUUGUUGUAUUCGUAUUAAUCGUUGUACUUCAAUUAAAUCCUCAAUCAUUAUUCAUUAUCAAUACAUCCCUAAAAAAUCAAAUUUUAUUUAGUCAAGAUAGCCAAUACCUUGAAAUUAAUAAUCCAUCUGAUUUUAUAACUUAUUUAAAUUCAACAUUUUGUGAAUCAAUAUCAGAUAUGUCAUUGGAAAAUAAUGAUGCAAUGAAUAAAAUUAUUGGAAAUGUAAUUAGAAUUAGAACUGCAAGAGUAAAACCUGAUUCAUGUAGUAAUAAUGGUUUUAAUUUAACAUGUUACUCAAAUAAUUAUGAUAAAGAUACAAAAGAUAGAUCACCAUUUGGUCCUAAUGAUAUGUAUACCUAUACUUCAAAUUCACAUGGUUCUUAUGUUUUUGGUCAUAAUCAAUAUGUAUGGGAUCGUAGUGGAUAUUAUAUUGAUAUACCAGUUUCAGAUAUUAAAACAGGGGUUGAAUCAUUAAUUGAUAAUGGUUUUUUCGAUAUUCAAACUAGAUCUGUUAUAAUUUCAUUCUCAACAUUAAAUUUAAAUUUCCAAUCUAGAACUUCAGUAUUUACAAUGUUAACAGAGUGGACAGCAUCAGGAUCAGUUAAUCCCUAUUAUUCAAUUAGAACUUAUAGAAUUCAAUUAUAUAUGGAUGCAUUGGAUAAAUUUAGAGGAUUUUUAGAAGUUUCCUUUUUUAUUUUUAUUUUAUAUUAUUUCUAUUACUUUGUUAAUGAAGCUAGAAUUGACUUUAAAUUGGGUAGAUUUAAAUUCUAUAUUUCAAAUUUUAAGAAUAUUUUCGAUGUUAUAAAUUUAACUUUAUUUAUUGCUUCAAUUGCAUUAUAUUUAGCAUUUUUAGGGGACAAUUCAAGAGAUUUAAAUAUUAAUUCUCAAAUUCAAACUACUACUGAUUAUCCAUUAUAUCUUGAAAAUUUAGGUCAAACUGCAUUGGUUUUAUACCAAAUUUCUGCAAUUAAUAUUUUAUUAAUGUCAUUUAAAACAUUUAGAUUUUUAGUAGUACAUAGAAGAUUAUAUAUUUUAUGGAUUGCAAUUUCACAAUCUAGACUUCAAUUAAUUACAUUUACAAUUAUGUUUUGUAUUAUGAUGUUGGGUUUCUUAUUUUCAGGUUGGUUAACUUUUGGUACUGAUAUUGCCUCAUUCAAUGGCUUCGUUACUAGUCUUGGUACAUUAUUACAAUUCAUUAUUGGUAAUCCACCAGAUUAUGAAGCAAUGUCAUAUACAAAUAGAGCAUUAGGUCCAAUUUAUUAUUUAUUAUUUACAAUUUUUAUGUUUUUCAUUUUAGUUAAUAUGUUUGUUGCAAUCAUUUCAGAUUCUUAUCAAAAUAUUAGUAAUACAUUUGAAAAGAAACAAAAAACAAAGAGAUAUUUAUUAACUAGAUGGGAGAGAACAAUGAAAUCAUUGUUAUUAUUAUUCACUCCAAAUUCACUUGACAUUUAUGAUUUAGUGUUAAUGUUUAUUGAUCAAAAGCCAGGUUUAAUUGAAACUGAUGGUAUUGAUCCAUCGAGAUUUAAAGAUGAAAUUAUGAUAAUUCAACCAAUUCAAAGGGCAAGAAUAAAGUAUUUGGAUCAAAUUCAAUCCGCUAAAAAUACUGGUGUAACUUUUGAAUUGAAAUUAAUGGGUCAACAAGUUCAUAAAAAAGAUUUAGAUACUUGGAAAAAGGAAGCUAAAAUAAAGGAAAAGAAGAAAUUUGAGUCAAUUCAACAAAAUAUUAAUAUUUUAAAUACUAAAUUGGAUUUAUUAUUACAAGCAAUGAAUGUACCACAACAAUCAAUACCUCAAUUAAUUAAUGGUAGUACUGGUAUGCCACAAUCACCAAUUAUUAAUAAUAAUAAUAACAAUGGUGGAAGUAUUCCAAGUAGUAGUAGUAAUGGUAGUAUAAAUGGUAGUAAUCAUAUCAAUUUAUCUGGUGGUACUAAUACACCUUAA